CGUUUACCCAGUCAAGAAUCAUUAACUAUGGACAGUUUAACUUUAGCACGUGUUCCUCACUCUUCCAUAUUCAAGUUGUUCUUUGUAGACAUUAGAAAGGUUUCAGGCGUCGAUUGGGUUCUUUUUUAUGUGCUAAAAAUUGGAAUAGAUAACUCUUGGAAAGAGAUAGUGGCUAGACCAAAAGUUCUCAAUGAGAAAUAUUUUUUCAAAAAACCAGUUUAUAGUGGUGGCAAUGAUCUUUACUGGAUACUAAAGGAAUCAGUGAUUGUGAUGGAUGUUGACAAGGAAGUUAUUGUCAGAGAAUAUCCACUUCCCCCUCUACGGGUGUGUCGCUAUCUAGAUGUGGAGUAUUUAUGGAUGGGAAAUCACCUUUCUUGCAUUGUGCAUGAAGAUCCCAUUAAAACAUUUCAAAUUUACAUUUUGGAUAUCAAUUCAGGAAAAUGGUCACUUUAUCACGAGAUGGUACUCUUUGAUUAUGUGGUUGCUUGCGGCCAGCUAUCAGUUAAUGAUACUAAAAUGAUAUUGAUAUCCAUUCUUUUCGGGAUGAAUGAACAAAUUAUCUUUCAAUUAUGUUUCCCUACAAAAGAAAAGUCAGCUACAUACUUUAAAAAAUCCAUUUUGGUUACAAUGUCAAGACUAGACGAUUGACAAAGAUAGAGGGCAUUCCUGAAGGUUUUCAUGACGUAUUUCUUCAUACCAACAGUUUAGCUUCAUUUCCUAUUUAGUUUUGUCAUACUUGGGCAAAACCGAAAAACAAACAUUUAUAUUUCUAAUCAGUACAUUGGCUAUUGGACCUGGACAUACAUGUGAAGUUUUGCGAGGUUGUUUUAAUUUAUUUAUCAAAUUUAGUUUAGAGUUGGAAACACCUGAUGCAUGUUUGUUUAGUUAGUUAGUCUGGCUAUUGGUAUUAUCAUGUAUCCUUGCUCAUUAUGAAGACGAGUGAUGAUUUAAACUUGUAAUAAAACCUUGUGUUUUCUAUUGCUUUUUAUUAUUUAUCAAAGUACACAUGUGUUUGAUUUA